UUAGGGAAGGGGGACAAUCUAUGUUUAAAAUAUUGAGAAUGUGUAAUUCAUAAAAUAGUGACCAAUAACAAGCGCCUACGCCGCUUCAGAAAAUGUUUCCCACCAAGCCCAGAUAGGAACUCAUUCGUCAACUUUUGCGGAUAGAGGGAACUAUUUCAGCGAAGAACUGAGUCGCAGUUCUGACCAGACUGUAAAAAAUUCCACGUAUGUUUUUCCCUGUACAUCGAAUAAUAUUCAAGGUAAAUGAAACAGGAAAACCGAGUAACAAAAUUGCACUUCUACCUGGAUGUUUAAGGUUUAGAUUGAAGAAGAAAAUGACUUGCAUCAUGGAAUGACAGCAGAAUUGCCACAUUGACAAGGGGUUUCAAACAUUGAAGACACAUGGCUAAUCUAGAGGAAAACAUUUCUGAGCGAAUUGACUGGGGUGAAAAGGCAGUGGUGGGAGAAAAACACAAAGGCACAGAGCGUAAUGCAGAUUGGACAGGGACUCUGCUGAAUAAUGCACACAUUGGACUUCCUAGCCCAGCACCAGAUGUUGUCAAAUGCUCCCUAAUAUCUGGGGAGUGCCUCUACUUCCACUAUGGGUGUGAUGGUCAGGACGACAGGGGCUGGGGCUGUGGCUACCGCACCUUACAGACCAUGGCCUCUUGGCUGUGCCAGAGCUGGGCUCCACCUAAGGGCAAAUGCAGACCCCCACCCAGCCUCCCCGAAAUCCAGCACGCCCUGGUCGCAAUGGGGGACAAGCUUGCCAUGUUCGCUGGCUCUCGCGAGUGGAUAGGGACGUUUGAGGCGGCCCUGGUCCUGGACUACUACUACGACGUCCCCUGUAAGGUUGUCCACGUGCGGGGUGGAGGGGUAGAACUAGAGAGAGCUGCUGAGGAGCUCCACCAGCACUUCCAGAGUCAGGGGUCUCCUGUCAUGAUGGGAGGCGACCGGGACAACUCCUCCAAGGGGAUCCUGGGUGUGUGCACUCGGCCUGGGGGCCAGGGGAGCUACCUGCUGGUGAUGGACCCUCACUACUAUGGGCCCAGACUGGAGGUGACGUCGGUGCAGGGGCUGGGGUGGGUGUCAUGGAAAAAAGUAGGGUCACUGGAUCAUAGCUCUUUCUAUAACUUGUGUCUGCCUCAGACUUCCCGGAAAUGAAACGGACAAGGACAGAUCAGUGGGAAAAGAAGCGUUUUCGUAAACUCAGGCAGCCCAAUUCUGAUUUUUUUUUCCACUAAUUGCAGCCAGAUAGAAUUCUUGUAAGGACUUAAUUGGAUAAUCGCUUUAUUAAAUGUCUGUUGUAAUUAUCAGAGAAAAUAUUUUUCAAAUAAUACGUAUUUGAAAGAGAACAUCUGUUAUGAUCCACAAAUAAAGAUAUGUUAAAUA